UGACGUGUUCUUCCAGCGCCACGUCGUGAGGAAGUGUCGGCCUGUUGGAGCGGUUGGAGGACGCUGCCCGGAGCUGAGGAGGUUCUGGGUUCAAGCGGUGAACGAAAAGAGAGAGAGUGUUUUCUGGCUGGUUUCAUCUUGUUCUGGGCUCAUCUUCUGUCAGGGCAAGAACUAUGUCAUGGAUCAAGGAAGGAGAGCUGUCACUUUGGGAGCGGUUCUGUGCCAACAUCAUAAAGGCAGGCCCAAUGCCCAAACACAUUGCGUUUAUAAUGGAUGGGAACCGUCGCUAUGCCAAGAAGUGCCAAGUGGAACGGCAGGAGGGCCACUCACAGGGCUUCAACAAGCUGGCUGAGACUCUGCGCUGGUGUUUGAACCUGGGCGUCCUAGAGGUGACGGUCUACGCGUUCAGCAUUGAGAACUUCAAGCGCUCCAAGAGUGAGGUAGACGGGCUCAUGGAUCUGGCCCGGCAGAAGUUCAGCCGCUUGAUGGAGGAACAGGAGAAACUGCAGAAGCAUGGGGUAUGCAUCCGGGUCCUGGGUGAUCUGCAUUUGUUGCCCUUGGAUCUCCAGGAGCUGAUUGCACAAGCUGUGCAGGCCACCAAGAACUACAACAAGUGUUUCCUGAAUGUCUGCUUUGCAUACACAUCCCGUCACGAGAUCAGCAAUGCUGUGAGAGAGAUGGCCUGGGGAGUAGAACAAGGCCUGCUGGACCCCAGUGAUGUCUCUGAGUCUCUGCUUGAUAAGUGCCUCUAUACCAACCACUCUCCUCAUCCCGACAUCUUGAUACGGACUUCUGGGGAAGUGAGGCUCAGUGACUUCCUGCUCUGGCAGACCUCCCACUCCUGCCUGGUGUUCCAACCCGUUCUGUGGCCAGAAUACACGUUUUGGAACCUCUGUGAGGCCAUCCUGCAGUUCCAGAUGAACCAUAGCAUGCUUCAGCAGAAGGCCCGAGACAUGUAUGCAGAGGAGCGGAAGAGGCAGCAGCUGGAGAGGGACCAGGCUGCAGUGACAGAGCAGCUGCUGCAAGAGGGGCUCCAGGCCAGUGGGGACACCCAGCUCCGAUGGACACGCUUGCACAAACUCUCAGCCAGACGGGAAGAGCGGGUCCAAGGCUUCCUGCAGGCCCUGGAACUCAAGCGGGCUGACUGGCUGGCACGUCUGGGCACUGCAUCAGCCUGAGGGAGGCUGGCCUCCUGUCACUUUGCCCUGCCCUCUGCCGCCCCCCCUCCCCCCCCACCAGGGCCCUACUCCUCUUUCUUUUCUUGGUGAAAGGCACCUCCCUCCUGAUGAAUUGUGUUCCCUUUGCUUGGCAGGGGAGCCCCAGAGGCCAGGUCUGCUGGCCAUAGAUACCUUUGGGCUGCCUGAGACAGUGGCCCCUAGGGAGGGUUGAGGGCGAGAGUCUCCCACAAGUACACUAAACCCAGCUCUGCUGGUCAGUAGGUUUGGACAGCAGGGGGCCCCAACUCUUCUGCUGCCUGCUCCUUCCACCUUUGCCAUGUCUGCGUGUGCUCCUAGACACACUUUCUUUUUCCACCAGCACAUCCUUCGAUACACAGAAUUGAGGGGAAGAGCUCUCCCCAAACCCUCGCCCUUUACACAUCUUCUUAGCCUUCCACCUGACUUUCACAAAAGAUUUGGUUCCACCUCGGAUCUGCUGGUAAAUAGCUAAUAGGCAGCCAGCAUAAUUUGGGCAAGGAAGGGGAGGGAGAGAGAGAAAAAAUGUGCCCAUCUGCUGCUCCUCCCCCUUGGCUCUCCACCUGGGAUUUGCUAUUGAAUCUCUACCCCCUCCCACCCUGCAGUGCUGAUUGCUCACUGAAAGGCUCAGCGCCCCCAAUGGCGCCGAAGCCAGGCGGGUGAUUACAAUCCAAUUACCUAUUGUCGACUCAGCCCACACAAGCUUUUCUCCUUUUGCAGGGCAUGGGGCCAGGUUCCGCUCCCCAGUGAGACUGGCCCCCUCGAGGGGUACAGGGUAACAGAAGAGCCUGUAGGCCCUGGUGAAUCUAAUCCAGCACAGGCCUCCUUCCCUGGAACACAUCAGGACCAAGAGCACAGAAACAAGUGCUUCUCCCGGCUGACUGGGCCUCCUGACCUCACCAUCUCAGACUGCUUCCCACCUCCUCAAUCUUUGAGGCUUCUUCUCUCAGCUUUUUGACCUGGCCCCCUAACUAGGCCCUGAAACGAUUUGUUCUCAGCAUGGCAGAGUCUCAGCUUGGGAGGGCCAAGGCUGCCCAGCAGGAAGAAGGCCAAAUCAAGGGCCAUGUCCUUUCCCCUACCUCUCCCUGCCAGACCUCACUGCAGAGCUGCUGAGAGGAUUAGUGCCUUUGAAGAGUUGUCUGCCUGAGCAAUUCUGUGCUUCAGGUGCAGCAAGCACCGGCCGGUAAUACCAACCAAACGCUAUUCUGUUUAGUCUUCCCGUUUUACUUUCUGCAAACUGUUUCCCAGCACCUCCCUCUAGGGGAGAGGGAGGGUCCUGCAAGCAGUGGUAAGAGCAUACUCUUUAAAUCCCUAACUUUCCUAUACUCCAGUCUCCUCUUCCCCUUCCUGUGCCUGAAUACCUGGCACAAGAGACCCCUUGGCCAUCCUCCCUGCUCCCAGAAUCAGUUGUAAAUGCCAGACACUGCGAUUGAGAAGCCAACCCAUGCACCUUUGGCAAGCCCCCCACACACGCCUGGCACUCCCCACUACCAAUGGCUGGCAAAGGGUUCCCAGAGAGCAGGUGCUGUACAUUUUCCAGCUUUACAAUGGGGCUGUUGACAGCCUUAAUUAGGGAGGCAUGAAUUAUGCGGCUAUAAUACAGAGCCCUACAAUUAAGGCGGGAAUGAGGGGCUGGAGGCAGCAAACGGAAUCUGCCCUGUGAGCGUGGCUGUUGAGUCCUGUCUCCGUUCUCUGUCUGACUUUGCCUAAUAUGAUUGGGGUACAGCAGAGGUGAUUAAUGGGGCUGGUAUCUCCCUUUGGCCUGAGGUCCCGUGUUCUGGGAGAGGUGCACAGAGUGGGGUGGGGUGAGGUGGGGUGGGAGGGGAGGGGCUGCCCCAGGAGGCACUGUAGGGGUGGAAAGAGACUGAGAGGCCACCUAGAAGCAGGGGCUGCAGAUAGUUGAACUCAUUGUGGUUGCUUUCUACCAGUAUGAUGAUUUGUGCAAACCAGCUUCAACCCUUGCCUCAAGAAAUAGGUGGGGACCUAUUUAAAUGUCUUCCUACCUUUGAGCUGAGCCCCCACUUGAGGAUAUUUACCGUGUUUUUGUGUUCUCCUGGGUGUCAAAUAGAAUUUUAAGAAUUCUUUCUUGAAUGUAAAACUUGUUUGUUACCAGUGCAAUGUAAGAACAUCUUGUUUUGCUGCUGCAA